UGGCCAACGUAGAGAAGGAUUGAAAAUGGCCACACAGUACAACUUUAAGAAGAUCCAGGUCGUUCCGACCUCAAAGGAUUUUAUUGACAUAAUUUUGUCAAAAACUCAACGAAAGACACCAACAGUUGUUCAUAAACAUUACAAAAUUUCAAGGAUCAGACAGUUUUAUACUAAAAAGAUCAAGUUCACUCAGCAAAACUACCAUGACAAGCUAACUCAAAUAAUUACAGAUUUUCCAAGACUUGAGGACAUCCAUCCAUUUUACAGUGAUCUCCUCAACAUUCUGUAUGACAAAGAUCAUUACAAGCUUGCUCUUGGACAGAUUAACACAGCAAGACAUUUGAUUGACAAUGUUGCCAAGGAUUACACAAGGCUGAUGAAAUAUGGUGAUUCACUGUAUAGAUGCAAGCAACUGAAAAAAGCUGCACUCGGAAGAAUGUGUACAAUAAUGAAAAGACAAAAUCAAAGCUUACAAUAUUUGGAGCAAGUAAGGCAACACUUGUCAAGAUUACCCUCCAUAGAUCCAAACACCAGAACUCUCCUCAUGUGUGGGUUCCCUAAUGUUGGAAAGUCAAGUUUCAUGAAUAAAGUAACAAGAGCUGAUGUUGAGGUACAGCCAUAUGCCUUCACUACAAAGUCACUUUAUGUUGGACACAUGGAUUACAAAUACUUAAGGUGGCAAGUUAUUGACACACCUGGUAUUCUUGAUCAUUCCCUGGAAGAAAGAAAUACAAUUGAAAUGCAGGCCAUCACAGCUCUUGCUCACAUUAGGGCAGCAGUUUUAUAUGUCAUGGACCUCUCAGAGCAGUGUAACCAUUCUAUCGAAGAGCAAAUUGCCUUAUUCAACAACAUAAAACCGUUGUUCACAAACAAACCAAUCAUUGUUUGUUUGAAUAAAAUUGACAUUGUUGGAGUUGAUGAGCUAUCAGAAGAGAAAAAGAAGUUACUAGAAGUUCUCGAUGAGGACGGUGUUUCUGUGAUACCAAUGAGCAAUGUAACUGAAGAAGGUGUGAUGCAGGUGAAGACAGAUGCUUGCGAGAGACUUCUUGCCCAUAGAGUAGAGGUGAAAAUGAAAAGCAAAAAGAUGGGAGACAUCGUGAAUAGGCUGCAUGUUGCAGUGCCAAAGCCACGAGACAACAAAGACAGGCCAGCUUGUAUUCCCGAGAGUGCAUUAAAGAAAGGCAAAAGCAUGGAUGUUGAUAAACAGUACAAGAAGCUUCAGAAGGACUAUGAAAAGGAACUCGGUGACGAGUACAAAUUCGAUGAUAGAAAACUUUAUGUUUUGCAACCGGAAGAAAAGUAUGACGUUAUUCCAGAACUUGUUAAUGGGAAGAACAUCGCCGAUUUUAUUGACCCAGAAAUUCUUGCGAAAUUGGAUGAACUUGAAAGAGAAGAAGAACUGAGGGAAGCUGCUGGAGUUUAUGACUCGGACAUUGACGAUUUGAAUUCUGAAGAAGAAGAAACGCAGAAACUCGCUGGAGAAAUCAGAAAAAAGAAAAAGAUCAGAGUCCAAGAGAACAGAGAGAAGAAAAGGAGAAAUUACCCGACCCUUCCAAGAAAAGCUUCCCUCAAGGUUGAUAAGUUCGGGAAAACUCGGAAAAAACCUGAUGACGAUUUUGAUGAUGAUAUGGAAUACAACCUUGAUGGAGAUAUAAAUAUGAUGAACACCGACUCCAGUCGAGCGCGAUCCCUGAGUCGUAAGAACAGAAAGCGGAAACAUGAAGCAAGCGUCCAGGCCAGUAUGUCCCGUGCACAUAGCUCAUCUAAAGUGCCUCGAGACCAAUCUGGCAUUCCAGAUCCUAAGAAGCGUGCUAAAGUACGGAAAUUGGCCAAGGUAUCGCAAAGAAAGUUAAACCAAUUUGGUAAAGCAGGAGAGGCUGACAGAAAAAUUCAAUCGAAGAUGCCAAAACAUUUGUUCUCUGGAAAAAGAAAACAAGGAAAGACUCAGAGACGAUGAUCUUGAACUGGUAUCGAAACCAAUCUUUGAAAAACCUUUUUCAAUUGUAAACCAGACAUAAAUGUAUUUGCGUUCAAAUUAACCGGAUAAAGUCGCAUUAAUUUGUAAUAUGCUAUUUUUAAUUGAUACUUCCAGGAACUUUGGCAAAUUAUUUUUCUCUAGGCUGUUGA